ACAUGAUACGACACGUGAUUCUAUCGCUGUCAAUGACAUCCAAAUAAUCGAACUAGGCAUACGCAAUAAACCGAAAAUGAAGGCAAAUGGGAAGAAAGGAGAGAACGUAUACGAUUCAGUGAAACUAGAUAACUUACCAAAGUUUUCGGACUUACGGUCUAAGGUUGAUGUUGUCAUUAAACAAAGUUCUUGGUGGGAUUUAUACGGUGUGGACUGGGCUAUAACUGGAAUAUUCGUUGCUCUUUUCCCAGUCAGUUUGUUGCUUAUCCGAUCGGAAUCAUGGGUGAACAUAGGCACAGGUAUUUUCCUGUUAGGCUGGAUGCAUUCAGCAUUAGCUACAAAGAACGGCCACCUCUCGGCUCAUGGAUCUUUAAGCAGUAAUAAAUCAUGGACACGGCCACUGUCCGUGUUAUUUGUCGAGAUAAUUGGGUCAUUUUCUGAAGAGCUUGCGUAUGACAUACACAUAAAAGAACAUCACCCUUACACCAACAUUGUCGGAAUUGGUGACUCUAGCACGUGGAAAAUGCCUUUUCUACCAAGGUAUGUGUACAUGUUCGUGGCGCCUCUGCUUCUACCGCCUUUUACCCCUCUCGUCUCUAUCGCGGGGCUUGUGGAAAAGAAAGCUUUCUUUGGACUGGUGAAGUACUGCGUUCGUGCUGGCUUUGGACUUUUUGUAUUGGUAUACUCACUAAUGAAUGUAUCCCACUGUAGCUUAUGGGGUGCACUCGCUAUUGUCUGGGCGUCGAGGGCCAUGCUAUCGAUACCUUAUAUACAUGUUAACAUUUUCCAGCAUAUUGGAUUACCAAUGUAUGCCAAGGAAAGCAAACCUGUUCGGUUGUACCAAAUGACAACAGGCGUGUUGAACCUGCCACGAUCGCCCUCCAUAGACUAUGCAUUCGGACAUUCUAUAAUCAGUUGUCACGUGGAACACCAUUUGUUUCCAAAUCUAUCUGACAACAUGUGCUUAAAGAUCAAACCAGUUGUGUCGAAGUUUUUGAAAAACAGUACGCUACCUUACAACGAGAAAUCCUACAUGAACAGACUUGGACUCUUCCUUGAAAAAUACGAUACCUUAAUGGUCAACGCACCACCAAUAACACAUUUUGUUGGCAUACAGUAAUUGGGGAAAAAAAUAAUUACACACACAUGACAAUUAUUAGUUUGAUUUUGCACGAGGAUUACAAACGGUACAUGACAAUUUUAUAAAGAUUUUUUUUUUCAUUUCGCCUUAAUAUACGUUAAUAAAAACCGGAGAAAGGUUAAUAGGAAAAUAGGAAAUUGCUUGUACAUUGUAUGAGUGUUGGGAGAAGUUAAAUUUUGAGUAAGAAAUGUUUUGAAAAUAGAUAAGGACAAAUGUGUUCAGGUGUACAUGUUAAAUUUUAAUGUCUCUGUAGACUUGAGUAGUACCCAAUGUUUUAGACAGUUUUGUAUUUCAUUGUAUUUAUGUAUAUCUUCCACAGAUUUAUUAUUUAUUUACGCUCAACACUAGCUGUUAUCCAUUACAUGUCAGUGUUAUAGAUAGAUGAAAUAUAUGACUGUCAAUUCACUACUUGUAAAUGAUAUAUUAAGAUUUUAAAAUCAGUAUCUUGAGAAAACAUAUAACGAUCAAGUUCUUCGGUAGAUUGUUACAUCGGAAGAUAAAAUAGCUUUACAAUUGUUUUUAUGUUAAAAAACAUCAUUGUCAUCAUCAACAAAUUCGUCGUCGUCGUCAUCGUCAUAAUCAUCUCCAUCAUUAGUAAUCACUUCACUCAUCUUUGCGUUUACUCUCAAAGGUAAAGACUUAUUACGUGUAAUUUGGAAAACAAAAAUGGCUUUAAAUUUUACUUUUGUUAACUUCAGCUUCUUUUGUAAUGUUGGCGAUUGCAUAUAGUGAUUUCUCUAACAUAGUAUUAAACUUGGAAAUUGUUCACUUUAAUUUCAAGUAUUUUGAUAAUGAAAUAUUGUUGUUUUAUUUUUCGACCACAUUGUUUUAUGUAGCUGUAUACAAAGUUUUUUUCCAUCAAUGUUAGUUGGCUGCAUGGUUGGCAUUUGUAGCCUUAAAUAAAACAUUUGCCUUAUUAAGUAUUUAAUGACAACUACUUUUACUUAAAAUCAGUCAAUAUUGGGCACAUGGUAAUUUUCUUCUGGGCAUUGUACAUUGUAGCAUUAAAUGUUUUGUGUAGAAUUGCGAAAUUCAGGAACAAGGCUUUUACAGUUUAUAUGUUGUAUCAUUUCAAUAUUGUUAAAUAAAUAGUGUAUGUAUAUGCAGUUCGUUCAUGUAUUUCAUGUUUUAAGGAGACCAAUGCAUGCAGAUAUGAAAUAUAUUGAUUAAUGGCAUUAUGAGCCAAAAUCUUUUUUUUUUUCAUUAUGGACGGGACGCCAUAAAAAUAAAACCAGAAUUAUUUUUAAAAAAAUUAUGCACAUACAUAAUGAUAUACAUGAAACUGAUUACAAUAUGCACCCAUCAUACUGUGUAAAAUAUCUUAUUAAUUUUAUUUCAUUCUUUUUUGAAAUUUCAAUUUUUAUAAUGCUUGAAAAAAGAACAUGUUUUUUUUAUAUAAUUGUUAGUACAUGUAGUCUGUUUUUGUGUUUGAAGAUAAUUGUAUUACAUUUUGUAUUAAAUUUUAUAUUAUUAUUUUGAUUAUAUAUGACAAUGCUUUACAUGUUGUUAUUUCUGUGAUAAUUUAAGUUGUUAAUUAGAUAAAUGUUAUGAUUUUAAAUAAAGAAU